AUGAAGACGACCUCGUUUGUGGCCGCAGCCCUCCUUGCUGCUGGCAGUGACGCCGCCCACUAUCCCAGAAACGAAAACCCCAACGACGCACGCGAGCACACUGGUCCCCUCGCCUUCUCGCCCCCGUUCUACCCCUCGCCAUGGAUGGAUCCCCAGGCAUCCGGCUGGGAGGACGCCUAUGCAAAGGCUCAGGCCUUUGUUUCUCUGCUGACUCUACCGGAAAAGGUCAACAUCACCACCGGUGUUGGCUGGAUGGGCGAGCGGUGUGUCGGCAACGUAGGCUCUGUGCCGCGCAUGGGCAUGAAGAGUCUAUGUAUGCAAGACGGUCCCCUGGGCCUGCGAUUCAGCGAUUACAACAGUGCCUUCCCCGUCGGCCUAACUGCUGGAGCUUCCUGGGCUCGUCACCUUUGGCGCGAUCGUGGCAACGCCAUGGGCUCCGAGGCUCGCGACAAGGGAGUUGACGUUCUUCUCGGACCCGCCAGUGGCCCUCUCGGUCGUCUUGCCAAGGGCGGACGCAUCGGUGAAGCCUUUGGCUCGGACCCUUACCUUCAGGGUCAGGCCAUGGCCAACACUAUCACUGGCAUUCAGGGUGCAGGUGUCGUUGCUUGCGCCAAGCACUACAUUGCCAAUGAGCAGGAGCAUUUCCGUCAAGUUGGCGAAGCCCAGGGCUACGGAUACAACAUUAGCGAGACCCUUUCGUCCAACGUCAAUGACAAGAUCAUGCACGAGUACUACUCUUGGCCUUUCCAAGACGCUGUCAAGGCCGGAGUUGGCUCUAUCAUGUGCUCCUACCAGCAGAUCAACAACUCAUACGGUUGCCAGAACUCCAAGAUGCUGAAUGGCAUCCUGAAGCAUGAGUAUGGCUUCCAGGGCUUCGUCAUGAGUGACUGGCAGGCUCAGCAUUCCGGUGUGUCCAACGCCGUUGCUGGCAUGGACAUGGCUAUGCCUGGUGACACCAUUUUCAACACUGGUCACAGCUACUGGGGUGGGAACCUGACCCUUGCUGUCCUCAACGGCACUAUUCCCGCCUACAGAAUUGACGACAUGGCCAUGCGAAUUAUGGCUUCUCUCUUUAAGGUCGGUUGGACUGUAGAGGGUUCGAAAGACCCUAACUUCUUUUCAUGGAGCCGAAACACAUAUGACUACCGCCACGCCGCGGCCAAGGAGAGAAUGGAGCAAGUCAACUUCCAGGUUGAUGUCCGAGCCAACCAUGCCAAUCACAUUCGCGAAUCCGCUGCCAAAGGUACUGUCAUUCUGAAGAACAACGGUGCUCUCCCACUGAGCAAGCCAAAAUUCCUUGCUAUUGUUGGUGAAGAUGCUGGCCCCAACCCCAAGGGUCCCAACGGCUGCCCCGACCGUGGCUGUGAUGACGGCACCAAUGCUAUGCUUUGGGGCUCCGGCACCUCCAACUUCCCCUACCUCAUUACGCCGGACAGUGCUCUGCAGCAGCAGGCUAUCAAAGAUGGCAGUCGCUAUGAGAGCGUUCUUAGCAACUACGAUUGGGCCGCUACCCGCGAUCUCGUUAGCCAGCCCAAUGUUACAGCCAUCGUCUUUGCCAACUCCAAUGCUGGUGAGGGUUUCAUCUCCGUUGACGGCAACGAAGGUGAUCGCAACAACCUUACUCUCUGGAAGAACGGCGAUGACUUGAUCAGGAACGUAUCUGCCAUCUGUGCCAACACCAUUGUCGUCAUUCACAGUGGUGGACCCGUUCUACUUGACGAAAUUUCCAAGAACGUCAAUGUUACUGCCAUCGUUUGGGCUGGUCAGCCUGGCCAGGAGUCUGGUAACUCUCUCACCGACAUUCUUUACGGCAAGACUAGCCCUGGCCGCUCUCCCUUUACUUGGGGCGCUUCCGAGGAGUCAUAUGGUAACGACGUUCUCUACAAGCCCAACAACGGCAAUGGGGCUCCCCAAGACGACUUUUCCGAGGGUGCGUUCUUUGACUAUCGCCACUUCGACAAGGAGUCAGACGGUAAGCCUGGUAGCGACCCCAAGGCUCCCGUCUACGAGUUCGGUUUUGGUCUUUCCUGGUCUACUUUCGAGUAUUCCAACCUCCAGGUUGUCAAAAAGAAUGACCGCCCAUAUACCCCGACCACUGGCAAUUCCAUUGCUGCUCCUGCUUUCGGCACCUUUAGCAAAGAGCUCAAAGAUUACGGCUUCCCGGCUGGUUUCCAGCAAGUCUUCCAGUAUAUCUACCCCUGGCUCAAUAAUACUUCGUCUGGGCGGGAGGCUUCCGGGGACUCCAACUACGGCAAGGUUGCCGAUGAGUUCCUUCCCCCCAAUGCCAUCGACUCGGCCCCCCAGCCUAAACAUCCCGCUGGUGGUGCGCCAGGUGGUAACCGCGAGCUCUUUGAUGUGAUAUACGAGGUUACUGCUACCAUUACCAACACCGGCAAGACUAUGACCGAUGAGGUUCCCCAGCUGUAUCUCAGCCACGGCGGUGAAGGCGAGCCGGUUCGCGUUCUUCGUGGCUUUGACCGCAUUGAGCGAAUCGCUCCUGGCGCCACUGCCACCUUCCGUGUCGAGCUCACUCGCCGUGACAUUAGCAACUGGGACGUUCAGGCUCAAAACUGGGUCGUGACAGACGCCCCCAAGACUCUUUGGGUUGGUAGCAGCUCUCGCAAUCUGCCUCUGUCUGCCAAGCUUCAGUAG